AUGCUCACGACCCGCGCGAUGGAGCGCGGGUCGGCCUUCAAAGGCGUCCGUAGGUGGCGGAGGACCGCGCUACUUUCGCCGAUCAUGCCGGCGCGCGUGCCUGCGGCUCACAACCCGCGCGAGAGCGCGCGGCUCGGCCUUCGAAGGCGUUGGGAGGCAGCGGCCGAGCCCGCCUUCACCGUGACGCCGUUCAAGUGCCUAAGGCGGUAGGCGGAUCACCGCACUUCUCCCCGGCGAGAUGAGGCCCUCCGCGCUAGAGGAGAGGCGGAUCAGACUACGAGGAGCGGCGGAGGCCAUCAAGCUUGUCUCGAGUAGCCCUCGCGCGCGCGCAAUCGCGUGGCGGCGGUAGACCGAUUUUCGCCACUGAGACGAACACCGACUCAAAGGGUAGCCGUGACAACUUCGUGUGUAUAGCGGCUGAUACGCUUGUUCAU